AUGCAGACACCAGCAACUACCGCCAAAGGUGGCAAGGGCGGGAAAGGAGGGAAAGGGGGAAAGGGAGGCAAGGGGGGGAAACGCAGCGGCCGGCACGGGGCAUCGGCGAGCAAGCAGCCGUCGAUUCAGGCGAAGCGGGAGCAGCAGCUGCAGCAGCAACAGUCAGAUCAGCAGUUGGCGCAAACUCCGCAGAAAGCUCUCUACGCGCACGCCGCCCAGCCUCUAGACCCUGCGCGGAUCACUUCCGCCGCAUCUCCGCUCUCCGCUUCCGCAAACGCCGCCGUCAAAAGCGAACAUGGGUCCGCGCCUGUUGUCGCUGGCGGAACCUUCGGGGGAGGCGCAGCAGCGUUGGGGGCAGCGCCGGGCGCGGAGCGGCCGGCUGCGGGGGGAGCGGCGGUGGCGGGGGAAGGAGUAGGAUUGGCGGGUCCGCUUGAAGUGGGCGCGCGGGUGAGCGCGCGGUGGCGCGACGGGAAGAUGCACCCCGCGAAGAUCAUCGAACGGCGGAAAGCGGCGGGGGGCGCGGACGAAUACGAGUACUACGUGCACUAUACCGAGUUCAACCGGCGAUUGGACGAGUGGAUCCCGGUGAGCAGCAUUGACCAAUCGUCUGUCAAUACGGCGUGUGAAGAGAAGGCUGAGGAGAAGCAUGGCAGCGGAGUGAAGAUGACACGUCAUCAGAAGAGGAAGAUAGACGAGCUACACAUAGAAGAGGGACAUGAAGACUUUGACGCGGCUAGCCUAAGGGAGCACGAGGAGUUCACAAAGGUGAAGAACGUGGCGGUGAUAGAGCUGGGGCGGUACGAGAUGGACACCUGGUACUUCUCGCCCUUCCCCCCCGAGUACGCGCACUGCUCCAAGCUCUUCUUCUGCGAGUUCUGCCUCGCCUUCCUCAAACGCCCCUCACAACUCGAGAGGCACAUGCGCAAGUGUGACCUCAAGCACCCACCGGGGGAUGAGAUUUAUCGCAACGGCUCGCUCUCCAUGUUCGAGGUGGACGGCAAGCGCAACAAGGUGUACUGUCAGAACCUCUGCUACCUGGCGAAGCUGUUUCUGGAUCACAAGACCCUCUACUACGAUGUGGACCUCUUCCUCUUCUACAUCCUCUGUGAAUGUGAUGAGAGGGGCUGCCAUGUUGUCGGCUAUUUCUCAAAGGAGAAGCAGUCAGAGGAGGGCUACAACCUGGCAUGCAUCCUCACGCUGCCGCCCUACCAGCGCAAGGGAUACGGCAAAUUCCUCAUCGCCUUCUCCUACGAGCUUUCGAAAAAAGAAGGUAAAGUCGGAACACCCGAGCGCCCUCUCUCCGACCUGGGUUUGCUGAGCUACCGCGGGUACUGGCUGCGCGUGCUGCUGCGGAUUCUGAAGCACCACCGCGGCAACCUGUCGAUCAAAGAGCUGAGCGACAUGACGGGCAUCAAGACGGAGGACGUGAUCUCCUCGCUGCAGUCGCUGCACCUCAUCCAGUACCGCCGCGGGCAGCAUGUCAUCUGUGCGGACCCCAAGGUGCUGGACCGACACCUGAAAGCGGUGGGAAAGCCGGGGCUGGAAGUUGACGGGGGAGGGAAAGGAUCUUUGGGAGUGUUUCUCAGUGGUUCAUGUUGGAUUGGAGUGUGUCCUGUGUAA